AUGUCUAGCUCUAGCUUAGUCUCUAGAUUAAUAAUCUUCUCAAUAAUCUCCACAGCCUUCUUCACCGUUGGAUCAAUUCGAUUAUUCCCAGAUGAAAUCCAGGACGCAUCUUCAGACUUCAUGGAGGCACCAGCAUACCAAAACGGACCAGAAUGCUCUGUUUUACCCCAAAACAGACUCCUAUUAGCUUGUGAUCCUUCAGCUGUUCACAUAGCUAUGACUCUUGACCCAGCUUACUUGCGUGGCACGGUUUCUGCAGUCCACUCCAUCCUCAAACACACCUCUUGCCCUCAAAACAUCUUCUUCCACUUCAUUGCUUCAGGGUCAAGUCACGUAAAGACUCUCUCCUCUGUUUUUCCUUCUCUGAGUUUCAAAGUCUACACAUUCGAUGAAACCCUCGUCAAGAAUCUCAUCUCUUCUUCUAUAAGACAAGCUCUGGAUAACCCCUUGAACUACGCAAGAAGCUACUUGUCAGAGAUUCUUUCCUCGUGUGUUCAUCGAGUGAUUUACCUAGACUCAGAUGUGAUCGUAGUUGAUGAUAUCAAGAAACUAUGGAAGACUUCUUUAACCGGAUCAAGAACCAUCGGUGCGCCAGAGUAUUGCCACGCAAACUUCACUAAAUACUUCUCAGAUCAUUUCUGGUCAGAUCGUAGCCUCUCUCAGGUCUUUGACUCCAAGACCCCUUGCUACUUCAACACAGGAGUGAUGGUGAUUGAUCUUGAGAGAUGGAGAGAAGGAGACUACACGCGAAAGAUCGAAAAAUGGAUGAAGAUUCAGAAAGAAGAGAGGAUUUAUGAGUUGGGUUCUUUGCCACCGUUUCUUCUUGUGUUUUCCGGUGAGAUUGAAGCUAUUGAUCAUCAAUGGAACCAGCAUGGUCUAGGUGGGGACAACGUUGUGAGUAGUUGCAGAUCUUUGCAUCCUGGUCCGGUGAGUUUGAUACAUUGGAGUGGGAAAGGGAAACCAUGGGUAAGACUUGAUGAUGGUAAGCCUUGUCCUGUUGAUUAUCUAUGGGCUCCUUAUGAUCUUCACAAGUCACAAAGACAAUAUCUUAAUCAAGAGUUAGAAAUUCUUUGAAUUCAUUUAUUUAUUUUCAAUGGAUUCUAUAUUUUUUGUUUCUUCGUAAAAAGUUUUGCUGUUCUUUUGAUGUAUAUAAAACGGAAAUACAUUUGAGGAUUUACAUCUACCAUUGUUAUAUCAGUUCUUGAUUUUGUUCAAGACCUCUCUUGUGUUUGUGUGCCUAUUCUUUUAUCUCAUUUUGGGAAUUACCAGCAAGUAGUUGAUACCUAUUCC